CAGAGAAAAGUGAGAGAUCAUGAUAUAUAUACAUAUAAUAUGAAGCAUUAGAUUCGGGAAGACAAAGAAAAGGCUUGGCUAGGUUUUUAUAAUUUGCUUCUUUCAGUAUAUAGUACUUAAAGAAGUGCUGCUGGUAAAAUAGUGGGUCUUUGUUUUAUGGGUCUUACUUCUCUGCAAGUCUGCAUGGAUUCAUCAGAUUGGCUCCAGGGCACUAUUCACGAGGACUCCUCAGGAAUGGAUUCUUCAUCCCCAAUAUCAAACGACAUGCUCACAUGCUCUAGACCCUUGAACAUGGAGCGAAGGCUAAGGCCCCAACAAGACCAAGCUCUCAAAUGCCCAAGAUGCGACUCAACCCACACCAAAUUUUGUUACUACAACAACUACAGCCUCUCUCAGCCUCGCUACUUUUGCAAGACCUGCCGUAGGUACUGGACCAAAGGAGGAACUCUCCGCAACAUCCCGGUCGGAGGAGGUUGUCGUAAGAACAAGAAAGUGUCGUCCAAAAAGCCAAACGACAACAACUCCCCUAGUGUCGUUGGCGGCCAGAGCCACAUUGGUCAUAGUGGUAUUAUCCCCGGCUCUUCUAAUUCCUCUACCUCCCACAAUACGACAGAACUCCAGUUGUCGUUUCCUGACCAGGUCCAAUUCUCCCACCUCACUAACCUUCUAGGUCCGCACCACCCCGCUUUCUUUGAUCAGAAUGUCCCUAGGCCGGCCAUUGAUUUCAUGGAGAGCAAAUUGGAGGCCAUUGUUGGUAACUCAAGAAAUAAUUAUGACUUUAUGGGAAGUAAUAAUAAUCAUAAUAAUGGUACUAGUGGUCAUGAUUUGGGCAUGGUCGGUGUGGGACUAGGAAAUUUUGGUGGUGGUGGUACUAGUACUAGUAGUACUCAUCAUCAUGGAUCAUUUGAACCCAAUUUUCAUGGUAUUUGUCCUCCAUUUGGGAUGUCCCUAGAUGGGAAUAAUGGAAAUGGGACUUUUAUGGACACGUGUCAAAGGUUGAUGUUACCAUAUGAAGCAAAUGAUCAGGAUGGCCAAAAUGGGAUUUUGGAUGUGAAGCCUAAUGCAAAGCUCUUGUCCCUUGAUUGGCAAGACCAAGGUUGUUCUGGUGAUCAUCAUGCCGGGAAGGACUCUUUUGGGUACAUCAACGGUCUAGGGUCGUGGUCCAAUGUGAUCAACAAUUAUGGACCGUCCACAACAAACCCGCUAGUUUAAUUAAUUAAGCUCUAAUUGAUCUUUUGUAUUUUGUUUGUUUCGAUAUUGUUGGUGUGAUUAGUGACUUGAUCAUAUGUUUAUCUGCUUUACUAGACUAGCUAAUAGGUUA